ACCAUCAUUAUUCAUUAAUUUGGUGGGUGUUUGGGAGCCGGAAGAGGGUAAACCCUCCGGAGGAUAAGAUUCACAUUGCAGUGAAAACCAUACAUACCCUAAAAGCGUCGAUUUGCAAAACCCAAUAGCGCAGUUUCAAUCUCAGAAUCCGUCUCUCGCUCUAUCUCGCUGCACGUUUCGAAGUUGAAUCGAGGCUUUUUGAAAGAGUCUGUGGCGAUAAAUGGGAGUAUAGAUUCGAUAGGAACAGUCCAAUCGGGAAAUUUAACAAAGGAGAAGUUGAACUUCUUGUAAAAUAUAUAGGUACAGAGCAUUGUGGAUUUGCUGGGUGAUCCCGUAAAAUAUAUUUAGAUACAGAGAAAGGUGUUUUUGCUGGGUGAUCUUCGAUUAUCGCUACUGGUUUGAUAUUGGAUUUGCAGGCUCUAUACAUUUUCUAGUUUAGGAGGUGCUUUGCCGUUUAAAGAUCUGUGAUGGAUGUUGUAAAUGAUUUGCAUAUGGGGCCUCCAGCAACAACCAAUAUGGGAGGUUCCACUAGUACAGAGGAUGUAAAUUCAUCACAGAAGCAGAAAAUGGCGAGAAAGAAGAAACAAGCUGUUGAGUGUGAAGGUGUUGAUUUUUCACUGGAUAAGUCUUUACCGAAGACGGAUGCUACUAUAAAGCACCCAUUACAUGGGUCCCCAGCUUUACCUAAUUUCUUAAGUUGCCAAAUAUUUGUAGAAUAUUCAACAAAUAAUGAAAAGAGCAAACGGCAGAAGACAACACAUAAUGCUAUUGAAGACAAUGUUAAUGGUUGCGGCACUCCAGAGUAUAUUUUUUCACCAAAAGCUUCCACACCUGCAUUGGAUAUGCCUUCAGAACAUCCCAUUCAAUGUUUUUCUAGUGAUCCAAUAACUAGUCAAUCUUGUGUGGAAGUGGGUAUUUGUCAGGGACAUAAUGAAGAAAAUGAGCAAAAUAUGAUCAAUACAACUGCAGAAAAUAGCAAUUCACAGCAUGGCAUUCCAGAAGAAAGCUGCAAUCACAUUUCAGUUGCAGCAAGUCCUGAGCCUUUUGUGAAAGAGUGUGUGUCAGAAGUUGUAAAAUUGAACACAGAGCAUGGUAUAAAUGAUAACAUUCCCAACCCUGAGGAUAAGAAUGGUUUAUUAAUGAAUACAAGUCUGGUGAAGAAAAAUGUUGAUGACUCACCGGAUUAUGGCUUGUCUGAUAAAAAUCUGUGUUAUAUAACCUAUGCAAGGAGAAAAAUGGUUAAUUCCAGUUGCAGAAGAAACAGUGGUUCCCCAAGUCCUGAAAAUGGUAACAAGGAACCAACUAUUCAGGAUCAUCAAAAGGAUGAUUCACACGAAUCUUCUGAUGGACCAUUGAGAGUUUGCUUGAUGGAUGGAGAAACAAAACUUUCAAUUGAUCAAGUUACCUCACAAAGUGGAGCUGCUGCUGAGGAAAUAAAGUUGAGUGCUGACAACAUUAAUGAGCAAAGAUUUAUGACUACAUCUUCUGCAGUAGACAUUCCUUCGGAGCAUCUUGAAACAGAUGGUAGACAGCUAGAUCAUACUGGGAUUACAAGAAAUUAUCUGUAUUGUGCAGAUGAGGAAAUAGAGUUGAACACUGACAACAUUAAGGAGCAAAGAUUUAUGACUACCUCUUCUGCAGUAGACAUUCCUUCGGAGCAUCUUGAAACAGAUGGUAGACAGCUAGAUCAUACUGGGAUUACAAGAAAUGAUCUGUAUUGUGCAGAUGAGGAAAUAGAGUUGAACACUGACAACAUUAAGGAGCAAAGAUUUAUGACUACCUCUUCUGCAGUAGACAUUCCUUUUGAGCAACUCGAAACAAAUUGUAGAAAGCUAGAUAAUACAGAGAUUACAAGAAAUGAUCUGUGUUGUGCAGGUGAUGUUUCUGAUUUAAGCUUAGACACAGUAAGAGACGGUCAUUUAAAGAUUUCACAAUUCUCACUAGACAGAAAUUUUGCCGACAAACAAAAGAAUAAGCUUCUCAUCCUUGAUUUGAAUGGACUGCUUGCUGAUUUUGUCAGUAUCAGUGACACUCCUUUCCGAAUAUAUAGACGAGAACCAGAGCCAGAUUUUGUGCUUAGAGGGAAGAAAGUAUACAAGAGGCCCUAUUGUGACGAUUUUCUACAGUUUUGCUUUGACACAUUUCAUGUGGGAGUAUGGUCAUCUAGAUCCAAGAGCAAUGUCAAUGAAGCUAUCAAAUUUCUUAUGGGGAAAUCUGCGUCCAAGCUGCUCUUUUGUUGGAAUCAGUCCCACUGUACUGAAACAAAGUUCACUACUGUUGAGAAUAUAGAGAAGCCCCUUGUGUUGAAGGAAAUAACAAAGUUGUGGGAAAAGGAAGAACCUGAUCUACCAUGGGAGAAGGGAGAGUUUAAUGAGUCAAACACAUUAUUAUUGGAUGACUCCCCUUACAAGGCACUAAUGAAUCCUAGGCAUUCUGCAAUAUUUCCUUAUUCUUACCGGUACUACCACACCAGAGACUCGGAAUUAGGACCAGGAGGUGAUCUUCGAGUUUAUCUAAAAGGGCUGGCUAAGGCCGAGAAUGUGCAAAACUACGUGUCAGAAAAUCCGUUUGGCCAACGGCCCAUAAGAGAAGCAAAUCCAUCUUGGGUUUACUAUCGUAGAGUUAUAGAGUCACUUAAAAGAAGCCAAAAUGCAGGGUCCUCAUUACCACUCUGAUGAAUGAAUAGCUGUUGAGUUUUGGUUGGUAAGGUGUCUGAAAUAGAUCAGUCUUGUAUACUUGCUACUUAAAGCAAGACUAGCUGGGCACAUGAUUCUACUGUGAUUAACGCCUUCUUCAUGGUAGUGCCUAAACUGUAUUCUGUUCAUUAUUUUUUGGCCUUCAAACGUGAUUGAUUUCACGUUGGAAACUGUUGACCAAUGAAUGCGAGUUUAGAGUCGGUCAAAAUUGAUUUUGUCUUUGACUAUUGUUUUUCGCACUUCUCAAACCUGUAUUAACUGAAUAAACUAGAAUCUGAUUUGAAGCUAUUUCCAGUAGCUUUUUGGGUCCGUUUGAAAAGAACACAAGUCUAUGAGGUAAUAUUUCCUUCUUUCA